GACGCGGACGCGAGUGCGCGCGGCCGCCGGGGUCGCGACUGUGGGCCGGGGACGCGGGCGCAAGUGCGCGGCGCGGCGCGGGACUCUGUGCACGGGCGCCGGGCGGAGGCUCACCCUGUCUGGCAUGCGGGCCGUCCCGUGACUCGCGGCUUUCCGCGCGCCCGACCCCUGGGGCGACGAGCCUCGGUGCCCGGGUGGCACGACCUCCGUGGGGGAAGGAGCAAUGGUGCCCCGUCUGGUGCUCAGGUCGCCCGUGUGGCUCUUCCGGUGGCAGGUGGCCUGCACUCGGGGAGCAUCGGUGCAGCAAAGGACAUGGGCGGGGGCGUCCAGGACCCCCGGGCCAGACAGCACCUUGGCCUGCACAGGCGGCCCCUCCACUUCCCUGGGGACCCCGGAGGUGAUGCUGACCUGUGAGCGCUACUCUGUGAAGCGUCUGCCCUUCUCCGUGGUGUCUGAGCAAGAUCUGGCCGCCUUUGAACGCAUCGUCCCUGGCAGGGUCGUCACAGACCCAGCGGAGCUAGAGGCGGCCAACGUGGACUGGCUGAGAACUGUGCGCGAUACUGUCAUGGGAGGAACCUGGCCGUGAACCCACAGGGCGGCAACACAGGCAUGGUUGGGGGCAGCGUGCCGGUCUUUGAUGAGAUCAUCUUGUCCACCGCGCUCAUGAACCAGGUCAUCGGCUUCCACAGCGUGUCUGGGAUUCUGGUUUGCCAGGCAGGCUGCAUCCUGGAGGAGCUGAGCCGGUAUGUGGAGGACAGGGACUUCAUCAUGCCCCUGGACCUGGGAGCGAAGGGCAGCUGCCACAUCGGGGGGAACGUAGCCACCAAUGCAGGCGGCCUGCGGUUUCUGCGGUAUGGCUCGCUUCGAGGGACCGUCCUGGGCCUGGAAGUGGUGCUCGCCGACGGUACUGUCCUGGACUGCCUGACCUCCCUGCGGAAGGACAACACAGGCUACGACCUGAAGCAGCUCUUCAUCGGGUCGGAGGGCACCCUGGGGGUCAUUACUGCCGUGUCCAUCUUGUGCCCACCCAGGCCCAGGGCUGUGAAUGUGGCCUUCCUUGGUGGGUCUGGGGUGAGGCUCCGGUCAGGCCUGACCAGGUCGCUGCUUGCCCCAUCCUGCGUGUGCCUGAGGCCAUGUGCCCUUGCAGGUUGCCCUGGCUUUCCCGAGGUUCUGCAGACCUUCAGCACCUGCAAGGGGAUGCUGGGCGAGAUCCUGUCAGCAUAUGAGUUCAUGGACGCGGAGUGCAUGCAGCUGGUUGGGCACCACCUGCGCCUUACCAGCCCCGUGCAAGAAAGUCCCUUCUACGUCCUCAUCGAGACCUCAGGCUCUGGAGUGGCACAUGAUGCCGAGAAGCUGAGCAGCUUCCUGGAGCGGGUGCUGGGCUGCGGGCUGGUGACCGACGGGACGGUGGCCACCGACCAUAGCAAAGUCAAGAUGCUGUGGGCCCUGAGGGAGAGGAUCAGCGAGGCCCUGAGCCGUGACGGCUACGUGUACAAGUACGACAUCUCCCUGCCGGUGGAGAGGCUCUACGACCUCGUGACUGAGCUACGCACCCGCCUCGGCCCACAGGCCAAGCACGUGGUGGGCUACGGCCACCUGGGGGAUGGCAACCUGCACCUCAACGUGACGGCAGAGGCCUUCAGCUCGUCGCUGCUGGGCGCCCUGGAGCCCUAUGUGUACGAGUGGACAGCUGGACAGCGGGGCAGUAUCAGUGCCGAGCACGGCCUGGGCUUCAAGAAAAGGGGCGUCUUGGGCUACAGCAAGCCACCCGAGGCCCUGCACCUCAUGCAGCAGCUCAAGGCCCUGCUGGACCCCAAGGGCAUCCUGAACCCCUACAAGACGCUGCCUGCUCAGUCCUGAUGGGGCCUGUUAGGGUCAGCAGGAAACACAGAAGGGCUUUGUCUAGUCUUGGUUUGCCUGUUGGGAUGGGCCUGUAAGGCUGGUGCGGCCUCCAAGGGCCUACAUCUGACAGCCGGCAGCAGACAGUGACCUGCCACCUGGGUGGGAGCCAGGAGCAGGCCCUGUGGAGUCCGGGGCACAUGACAGGAUUCAUCCUGGCUGCACUGCCAGUUCUGGUGGCUGAGUGGGUAGCAGGGCCUGGCAUUGCCCAUCCACUCUUCUUCUGGGCAGGCACCCUCCAUCCCUUUGCAAGCCGGGAUGUCCCCUGGUAGCCAGCUCUAGUGCCCUCUCAGAAGGAGAUCAGGCACAUUCUGCUCUGCUUGUGUUGCCCUGGGUCCCACUUUGUGGGCUGCAGCCCUGGGAGGACACCCCUCGAAGUGAAGCCCCUGGGUGCCCCCCGGCAGAGGUGACAACCGUGUGAACAGCCUGGAUCCAUCCUGGGGUUCUGACCAGCAGAGCCAGGGUCAGUAGGCACUUUACAAAGGCUGUGAUUAGUGACAGCCAGUCACAUUGAGCCCGCAUGACAGGAGUGCCUUGCACCCUGGAAUGUGUUUGUUUCCUGGUGUUCUAGGCGGCCGUCAGCUGGCAAGGCAGCUGUUGAGGGCAGGGGGCUGUCUGUCCUACUUGGGGGUUUGCUGUCGUCUCCACGGAGAUCAGCCUUUCCGGUUCUGCUUCUGCAGCGCCCAGCAGCGUCGGGCGAGGAUCCCUGACGGGCACAAGUGUGGGAUCUGUCCAGGCAGGUGUGCGCACACUGCUUCAGGGAUGUCGGCCCGGAUCGCCCCUGGGGCGGCUGCUGGGGCUCUGUGGAAACAGUCUGCGGCUUGGACAUAUUUUCUCUUUCUGGCUGUCUUCAGCUUCCAGUAAAAAUGGGAAUUAAUCACAACAAUCUCCUUGCUUCUGUUGCU